AUGCCACAUAUGGGGUUCAGGUCUGCUUCUAUAGCCCAGGUUUCCGAGGUGGGCAAUUCGCAGCUUUCGACGGUGGUUGUGAUGAUUGAGAGCCCUGAAGCGGUAAGCAACGUGGACGACAUCGCAGCUGUGGACGGCGUCGAUGUGAUUCUGAUAGGUACCAACGACCUAUCAAUCGAGCAAGGUGUUCCAGGCGAUUUUGAUCAUUCUAGCUUGAUCGAAAGUGUUGCAAAGGUUUCCGCAGCGGUCAAGAAGCAUAAGGAGAUUCUGGGGGUGGCGGGCAUUUAUAACCACCCUGACAUUCUCCAUAGGUGCAUCCAUGAAUCGGUGCCUCUUUUGUUGUUGGGCAUGUAG